AUGGCUGGCGGAUAUGAUGGUGGAAAUAAUAACAAUUCAGGGAAGCAGAAGGUUGAUUUCGUGUAUCACUUGGGUUCGAGUGAUGGUCCAGGCAAUCUCAUAACACCGAUUCAACUCAAAGGUGAUAACUAUGACGAGUGGGCAAGGGCAGUGAGGACUGCUUUGAAGGCGAAACGCAAAUUUGGCUUUGUUGAUGGUACUAUAGCCAAACCACAAGACUCAGAGAAGCUUGAUGAUUGGGUGGCUGUACAUUUGAUGCUAGUCUCAUGGCUAUCGAAUACUUUAGACCCUGUGGUGCGAUUCACUAUUGGCGACUAUGAUGAUGCGUCGCUUUUACAGACCAACCUUAGAAAUCGAUACUGUGUAGUGAGUGGCACUCAGAAGAUACGGGACGAUGAUUAUGUUCAUCACUUUCUAAUUGGACUGGAUGAUGCUUACGGUCCAAUUCGGGGUCAGCUACUAGCACAAGAGCCUUUACCGAAUGUUGAUCGUGCAUACCAACAGGUGGUUCAGGCUGAGAGAUUGCGUGGGUCGGAUCCAACUCCUCCACGUGAUAAUGCUGUGGCGUUUAAAUUGCAAUAUGAUGGCAGGAAGCCAAAAUCGAACGACAAUGUGACCAAACUUUGCACUCACUGCAAUCGUGAAGGCCAUGAUGAAUCCGAUUGCUUUCAACUCCACGGAUAUCUGGAGUGGUGGGGCGACAGGCCUCGAGGAGGUCGUGGUAGUACAACAGCUAGCCGAGGUGGAGGUCGUGCAGGGGGUCGUGGCAGGGGCUCGAAUUCUGCUCCUGUGCGUGCAAACAAGACUAAUGGUCAAGCACCUACACAUUCUAGCAAUAACUCGGCAUCAAAUUCCACUGAUGGGGCAGCCCUUGCAGGGAUCUCUUCGGCCCAAAUCCAACAGCUCCUUGAUCAUUUGAGCUCCCUUAAACCCAAACUUCAUGGUAAGCAAGACUUGGGAUGGAUUAUUGAUACUGGAGCCUCGAAUCAUGUGACUUGUGACCUUUCUUCCUUGACAAAUGUGACACAUGUUGAUCAUUGUCCGGUGGGAUUGCCGGAUGGAAAAUAUGCUAAUGCCUCUAAAAUCGGAUCGGUGAUUUUGGAUGGAGGCUUGAUGAUUAAAAAUGUUCUUUAUGUGCCUCAAUUAAAUUGCAAUUUAAUUUCGGCAUCUCAAUUGAUUGAUGAAUCAAAUUGUGUAAUGCAAUUUACUAACAAAUUUUGUGUUAUUAAGGACCUAAUGACGAGGAAGGUGAUUGGAGCGGGUGAACAAGUAGAUGGACUUUAUUAUUUCCGCGGUGUUCCGACAGUGAAGACUUUGAAGAUAGAUGGAGAUCGUUCUAUAAAGUUGUGGCAGUGA